AUGACAGGAGCCGCCGCCACCGAGCUGAUUCUCCCGGCCCUGCGCGGCGCCUACCAGCGCGCCGUCCACUCCUUCUCCUCCUCCUCCGUCCGCGCGCGGCCGGUGACCGGGACGCACCUCUUCCAGAUCGACGGCUACAAGCUCGUGCACAGGAUGGUCGACGGCUCCUCCAUCAAGUCCCGCAAGUUCCGCGUCGGCGGCAUCGACUGGCAGGCCGCCUACCACCCCCACGCCCGCGGCCUCUGCGUGGGCGCUGGCCUCCACCUCGCCGGGACCAACAACUCCGGCAAGAACUCCACCGCCAUGUGCCAGGUGAGCAUCCUCGACCGCGCGGGGGUGCCGGCGUUCAGCCGCCUCAUCGAGCCGCGCGACUUUCACGGGAUGAUCUACCCUGACCGGUCGUCGUGGAGCGUCGACGUGCACGACUUCGUCAAACGGGAGGAGCUCCUGAAGUGGGCGGAGGACCACGUCGACGACGACCGCCUCCGCCUCCGCUAUGAUGUCCUCGUACUCCAGAUGCAAUCAGAAUCUCCCGUCCAGGGCUACUUGAAGGACUUUUGGGAGAGACUUAAGAACUAA